AUGAGUUUUAUUAUGAAUAAAAUAGAAGAAAAAGUUGGUUUAGAUUUAAAUAAAGAUGGUCGAGUUGGUGGACCUGGUUUAACUGAUAAAAUUGAAAAAAAGACUCAUAUUGAUUUUAAUCGUGAUGGACUUGUUGGUGCACAUCGACCAUCACCAGGAGGAGGUUUAAUUGGUAAAAUUGAACGGGCAACACAUAUUGAUAUAAACAGGGAUGGUUAUAUUGGUGGUGCACCUGGCUAUCUUCCACCACCACAAACUCAUAAAAAACAUUAG